AGGGUGUGGUACAAGGUUGCUGGCAGAGUGGGGAUAAGAUUAAGAUUGUAGCACCGCAUUCAACUUGAAAGAUGGCCUCUGCUUCCGCUACUCUGCUUAAGUCAUCCCCUGUUCUUGACAAGUCUGAAUGGGUGAAAGGCCAAACCCUCCUCCGCCAGCCUUCAGUCUCUGCUGUAAGAUGCAAUUCCACUGCCACUUCACCCUCACCACUCACCAUCAGAGCUGGUUCCUAUGCUGACGAGCUCGUCAAAACCGCGAAAACAGUGGCCUCCCCAGGUCGUGGUAUUUUGGCUAUGGAUGAGUCUAAUGCUACCUGUGGAAAGCGUUUGGCCUCAAUAGGGCUAGAGAACACUGAAGCAAAUCGCCAGGCAUACAGAACUCUUCUGGUCACUGCUCCUGGUCUUGGUGAAUACAUCUCUGGUGCAAUUCUCUUUGAAGAAACUCUCUACCAAUCCACCACUGAUGGCCAGAAGAUUGUCGAUGUCCUUGUUCAGCAGAAGAUUGUUCCUGGUAUUAAGGUCGAUAAGGGUUUGGUGCCUCUAGCUGGUUCCAACGAUGAGUCAUGGUGCCAAGGUUUGGAUGGUCUCGCGUCUCGCUCAGCUGCAUACUACCAGCAGGGUGCUCGUUUCGCCAAAUGGCGUACUGUUGUGAGCAUCCCCAAUGGUCCCUCUGCUCUUGCAGUCAAGGAAGCUGCUUGGGGUCUAGCACGCUAUGCUGCCAUUGCACAGGACAAUGGGUUGGUCCCAAUUGUGGAGCCAGAGAUCUUGCUUGAUGGUGAUCAUGGCAUUGACAGAACAUUCGAAGUAGCCCAAAAGGUGUGGGCUGAGGUUUUCUUCUACCUUGCUGAGAACAAUGUCCUGUUCGAGGGUAUUCUCCUUAAGCCUAGUAUGGUUACUCCAGGAGCAGAGUGCAAGGACAAGGCCACUCCUGGGCAGGUUGCUGACUACACCCUCAAGCUCCUUCACAGGAGAAUUCCACCUGCUGUCCCUGGAAUCAUGGUAAUUUCUGUCUGGUGGACAAUCUGAGGUUGAAGCAACCUUGAACCUGAAUGCCAUGAACCAAUCUCCUAACCCAUGGCACGUGUCCUUCUCCUACGCCAGAGCCCUUCAAAACACAUGCUUGAAAACCUGGGGAGGGCGUCCAGAGAACGUGAAGGCAGCACAAGAUGCACUCCUUUUCCGUGCCAAAGCCAACUCACUCGCUCAGCUUGGCAACUACACUGGUGAGGGUGAAUCUGAGGAAGCCACAAAGGGAAUGUUCGUCAAAGGAUACUCUUACUAAGAUGUUGGCGGCGAAAGUGAUACACAUGUUACAGUAACGCAAUGUGUUUGCUCGAGGAUGGAAGAGUAAUUUGUCUAAAAUGUGUUGUGGUUUAUAUAGUCUCGGACACUGUUUAUUCAUGAUUACAUGCCUUUUCAGCUCAAUGAACUUCUUGCUAAUGAA